AUGGCUGAAUCUAAAAAGAAAUGUAGGCAAUAUAGCAUUGAUUAUUUGAAGUUCGGCUUCAUUCCAUCAUUGCCGGACAAAACCCUACCUAUGUGUCUUUUAUGCAACAAAGUCUUAAGCAACGACGCUAUGAAACCAUCCAAGCUAGAAGAUCAUCUGAAAAGGUGUCACCCUGAAAAAACACGUAAAGAAUUAAAAUACUUUCAAACACUGAAAGAAAAAUUUCAGAAGAGAUCCGCGAUGGAUAGUAUGUUUGCUGCCACGUUAAAAAAAGACGACGAUGGCUUGCGCGCGUCUUACAAUAUCUCACUACUCAUAGCAAAAUCAGGUAAGCCUCAUACUAUCGGGGAACAACUAAUUUUGCCAGCCAUUGAAGAGGUCUUAAAAACUGUUUUACACAGACCUGCAUAUGAUAUACUUAAAAAAAUUCCUUUAAGCAACAAUACGGUUCAAAGACGUAUUGAUGAAAUGAGUCAUUAUGUUGAAAGUUACUUGUGUAAUUAUUUGCAAGCAACCUAUUUUUCAAUACAACUAGAUGAGUCAACUUUGCCUGGUAAUGAAGCACUAUUAUUGGCAUAUGUUCAUUUUGUUAUGGACCAAGAAAUCCAUGAAGAACUGCUAUUUGCAAGAACUUUGACUACAGACACAAAAGGCGAAUCCAUAUUCAAUGUUUUGAAAGAUUAUUUCACGGAAAAAGCAAUCCCUUUAACAAAUAUAAUAUCAGCAGCAACAGAUGGAGCACCUGCCAUGGUUGGACGCUAUCGUGGUUUUCUAAGUCAUUUAAAACAGUAUGUACCCGGGCGCGUAUUUCCGAACCCUAACUGA